AUGCCACCUAGAGAAAAGAGAAAUGAAUAUAAACAAUAUGAUCCUAAAAAUUUACCUAUGCAGAAUCAUAGUCAAUUUAAAAAACAAAUUCGUCAGUUGGAUAAAACAAAUUCAAGUAAAGAUCAAUAUGAUUUAGAAUCAGAAUUUGGAAUUAAGGGGUGUAGCAUAUUAUUUAACUUACAAGCAACUUGUUUUCCAACAUCAUUUCCUAUCGAUAUGAUGCACUUAAUAUACAAAAAUAUUGCAGGAAAUGAGAUGUAUAGUAUUAGAAAGUCACUUCCAACUUAUUUAGAAAGACCACCUCGUAACAUAGUUAUUCACCAUAAUGGAUAUAAUGCUGAGGAGUGGGUGGCCUGGAUAACUAUGUACUCUUUACCUUUACUAAAAGGGCGAAUGCCAAAUAGACACUAUAAAUGGCCACAAAAACAACAUGCAGAACAUCUUGCAUAUUCCAAUGGUGAUGAAGACUUUUAUUUUCCAUUCAAGAAGCAUACACUCAGUCAGUCCAAAUUGAAAAAGAUAAAGAAACAUUUUUCUGCUUCUUAUGACAUUAGGGGUAGAACACCUAAGAAACAAGAUAUGGAUGGUUACGGACAAAAAAUAGGCAUUAUAUUGGAUCUAAAUGAAUUAGAAGAAAUCAAGACUAAGCCUGAAUUAAUUAUUCAAUUAUGGUAA